AUGUUUUUUAUAAAAAGGCCGUUUUUAUUUUUUAUAAAAAAGUAUAAUAAUAACUAUUUUAUAUCGGUCAAGCUAAUUAUUUUAUAUUAUUAUAAACAAUUUUUAAAAAUAAUAAAACUAUUAAUUUUUAAUAAAUAA